GUCCAUUUCUACCUCAACCCCCAAAAUAAAAUAUAAAAAAAAUUAAAAAAAAAUAAGCCUUUGAACUCUGCAUCAAUGGUGGCAAGAAAAGGUGAAUUCAUGCUGCUUCUGAUUCUCAAUCUUGUCAUCUUUCAAAGAUUGGUUGAAUCCAGUGUGCCACAACAAGAAGUGGAAGCUGUUGGGAACAUUCUUGCUUCCAUGAAUGCAACAAGUUGGAGAUUUGAUGGCGAUGAUUGCAGUCUUUAUAUGGUUUCUCAAGUGCCAAAGCUAUCUCAAGAAGCUAAUGCUAGCAUUGGAUGUGAUUGCAACAUUGGCAACCAUACCGAUGAUUGUCAUGUCGUAAGGAUCACACACAAGUUUUACAGCCUUGAUGGGGUACUCUCACCUGAAUUAGUAAAGCUUCCUUACCUCCAGUCCAUAGAUUUUGCUUACAAUUACUUAAGUGGCACAAUACCGUCUGAAUGGGGUUCAACACAGUUGCAAGAAAUCUCCCUUCUUGGUAACCGUUUAACUGGAUCAAUUCCACCGGAACUAGGCAAUAUCACCACCCUCAUAAAACUGGACUUUGAAGCUAACCAGUUUUCAGGACCUCUUCCAUCCGAGUUAGGGAGAUUAACAAAUUUGAGUAAAUUGAUGUUGUCUUCAAACAUGUUGACCGGAAAGCUGCCAACGACCCUUGGUCAACUAGGAAAUCUAAAAGACUUUAGGAUAAACGCAAACAACUUCAGCGGGUCGAUACCUGAUUUUAUACAAAACUGGAGAUUACUUACUAGAUUAGAGAUGAUGGCGAGUGGACUCACGGGACCUAUUCCUUCAAACAUAUCUCUUCUAGAGAAACUAAUCGAUCUGCGAAUUAGUGAAAUAACCGGACCCGCUCAAGGUUUUCCUCAGCUCAACAAUACUAAAGAAUUAAUAAGAUUGAUCUUGAGAAAUUGCAACAUUUCUGGGGAAAUACCCGAUUAUAUCUGGCAAGUGAGAGAACUUGAAUUGUUUGAUGUAAGUUUUAAUCGACUAGUAGGGAGCGUAUCUAAUAACAUUCUUGGGAGGCACUUGAGAUUAAUGUUUUUAACCAAUAAUAUGCUAAGUGGAGACAUACCGGAUACACUUUUGGUAGACGGGGCUAGUAUUGAUCUUUCCUACAACAAUUUUACAUGGCAAGGAUCUAAUCAACCCGCAUGCCGACAAAACCAGAAUUACUAUGUAAACUUGUUCAGAAGCUCCUCGACAGGAACGCCAAUACAUGAUAUGUUCCCGUGCAUGGAGAAUGUUAAUUGUCCUAGAUAUGCAUGCUCUUUACAUGUUAAUUGUGGCGGGAAUGAUUUAAUGGUCAGGGAAAGCAACGGGAAAUCUGUUCUUUACGAAGGAGACGCCGAUGUUGAUGGUGGUGCCGCUAGGCUGUACAAAGCCGCCAGGGACUGGGGACUUAGUAGCUCCGGUGACUUCAUGGAUGACGACAUUUUUCAAAACGCGCGAUACAUAGAAUCUUUUCAGGGCAACACAAGCUUACCUACCCUUUAUACAACCGCUCGUCUCUCACCACUUACACUCACUUACUUCAGCUACUGUUUGGAGAACGGUGAAUAUUCUGUUAAACUGCAUUUUGCAGAGAUACAGUUCACUAACGAUAGCACGUAUAGAAGUCUGGGCAGGAGGAUAUUUGAUAUCUAUAUUCAGGGACGACGGGUUAGAAGAGAUUUUAAUAUCGAAGAUGAGGCGGGUGGUGUUGGCAGGCCAGUGGUCUUGCCAUUUAACGCUAGUGUGACGGAUAACAUCUUGGAGAUCCGGUUUUACUGGGCGGGUAAAGGGACGACCCGUUUUCCUAAAAGAGGAGUUUACGGGCCUCUUGUAUCGGCUAUUGGUGUUGACCCGUAUUUUAAAACUUGUUCGACGGGUGGAAAAAAGUCGUAUAAAUCUGUUUAUAUAGGUAUCGGGAUUGGUGUCCUGUUUUUUAUAUUCUUCAUCUCUGCUGUCUUGUGGUGGAAAAAAUGUUUUAAAGCCCGAAAAACAAACGAUAAAGAUUUUGAAGGAAUGGAGCUAAAAACGUUUUCGUAUUCUUUUAAACAACUGAAGAUUGCUACAGACAACUUCAAGGCUUCGAACAAAAUCGGGGAAGGAGGUUUUGGGCCUGUUUACAAGGGUACAUUGAGUGAUGGCACGGUGGUUGCGGUGAAGCAGCUUUCAUCUCGGUCAAAGCAGGGAAACCGCGAGUUCUUGAAUGAGAUCGGUGUGAUUUCGUGUUUACAACACCCGAAUCUUGUUAAACUUUAUGGAUGUUGCAUUGAAGGAGAUCAGUUGUUGCUGGUUUAUGAGUACAUGGAAAAUAAUAGCCUUGCAAAUGCUUUGUUUGAUGAAAAUGGAUUAAUGCUGGAUUGGCCAACGAGGUUCAACAUAUGUAUUGGGAUUGCUCGGGGUUUAGCUUUCCUCCACGAUGAAUCCAGGCUAAAAAUUGUCCACCGGGACAUCAAAGCCACAAAUGUGCUACUUGAUAAAGAUCUUAUCCCGAAAAUUUCGGAUUUUGGAUUGGCAAGGCUACAUGAGGACGAUAAGAGUCACGUUAGCACACGAGUUGCCGGAACAAUUGGAUACAUGGCACCCGAGUAUGCCCUCUGGGGUCACUUGAGCGACAAGGCAGAUGUUUACAGCUAUGGAGUGGUGGUGUUAGAAAUCGUUAGCGGGAAGAACAACACCAGUCGCGUGCCGAUUAACGACUGCUUUUGUCUUCUAGAGUGGGCUUGUCGAUUGGAAACAAGUAAACAAUACGACAAGCUUUUCGACGAGAGAUUGGAGUCGACGAUCAACAAACAAGAAGCCGAAACCGUCGUGAAAGUAGCGCUUUUGUGCACCAGCGGUUCGCCGUCAAUGAGGCCGACGAUGUCAGAGGUUGUAAACAUGCUCAAAGGAAAAACCAGUGUACCAGAAACAGUUCCAGAAGCAAGCGGCAACACCGAAGAUCUGAGAUUCAAAGCAAUGAGAAACUUUCAAAGUAAGAUGAAAGGUGAAGGAAGUCAAACCGGUGGUCAAAAUCAAAAUUCAAACAAGAAUCAGACUGAUAAGAACUCUUCUUUGAAAUCUGAUGAUGAUGCGUUUGAGAUCCAGUCGGUUGAUAAACGAUCGUAUUGAAAUUCAGCUAUAGUUCUCAACUUUUGCAAUUUCGUUCCCGGAUAGUCCCUGACGUGGAUUGAGGUUAGUUUUUUUUUUUGUUAAGUGGGUGUGUAAUGACAAACAAUUUUUUUGACAUAUUUUAGUUCCUUAUAAAUAAUUCCGCAAACAAA